AUGGCUCAGAAACUCAUCGUCGUUGUUGGCGCCACAGGCGGUCAAGGAGGCGCCGUCGUAUCCGCUUUCCUCAAGGACUCGCAAUGGAAAGUCCGCGGCAUCACCCGAAAUCCACUUAGCGAAAAGGCAAAGGCCUUGUCUGCCAAAGGUGUCGACAUGGUCAAAGCCGACUUGAACGACUUUACCAGCCUCGAAACUGUUUUUGAAGGCGCCAAUGUUGUCUUCGGCAUAACGGACUUCUACGACAGCUUCGAGACGCAGGGGUGGCAGAAGUCGAUGGACGUUGAGUAUGCCCAGGGAAUAAACUUGGCCAAGGCCGUGGCCAAGGUUCCAACGCUUGAACAUUAUAUCUGGAGCACUCUGCCGUACUCCAGCAAGGCGACCGGUGGCGCUGUCAUUGUGCCGCACUUUGAGGCCAAGGCCCGUGUCGACGAGUUUAUCAAGGAGGAUGAAGCACUCCUACAGAAGACGACUUUUUGCUUCUUUACAACAUUUGUCUACAAUCUCACCCACUAUGAUAGCUUUAAGCCCAUCUAUCAUCCGAACGCAAAGAAGUGGAUUCAGUUUUAUCCCGCGCCGGGAGGCUCUGUGUAUCCCUGCCUUGGAGAUCACCAGAUUAACACCGGCCUCUUCGUCAGUGGCCUAGUCCAGAACCGACCACCUGGCGGCACAUAUGUCAAGUGCGCUGUCGAAGACCACACACUUGAAUCAUAUCUUGCUCUGUGGGGAAGAGCUAGUGGAAUUUCUCCCGAGGCUGGGUCGACCAGCAUUAUUGAAGUUUCUCCAGAAACCUACAUCGGUUUGUAUGGCCCAAUGGGCGAAGAGACAACACGUCAGUGGGCAUUUACCAAAUUCAUCAUUGACAAUGGUCUUAUCGAGAGACUUGGAUCCGUAUUCAAGAAUGCGCAGGAUUUCAUGUCCGAAGAGGCCAUCGCGUCACUCGUCAGUGUCGAGGAGAGUUUUAAGACGAUCGAUUGGAAGGCAUAUGGAUAUUGA